AUGGUCAUCAUGAUGAAUCUGGUCACUCUCAUCACUAUUACAUUGUCUGUCGCCCUGAUUGUAGAGGGGAAUCUAUAUGCCGCAUUUACGCCUUCUCUACGUUGCGACACCAACAACCAGACCGCGCCACUCCCGACCCCGACAUAUGGCACUGGUGGGAUCUUCAGUAUCUGUACCGAGCAAAUCAUUCGUGGCUCCAUCCAACACAUAUACACCACUCUUCUCGACUUCCGCGCAUAUGCAACCUGGAACUCAUUCGUCGUCGAUGUGCAGCUCCCUGAUACCGUCACCACUGCAUCCGACGUUUACCUCAAUAUGCCAAUGACCUUCACCACAAGUGGAUUAAUUUCUGGGGUGAACACGACUUCCAACGAGAUUGUGACGGUGCUGUCUGCCCCAUCGCCGGGAAACCAGUAUGCGCACAAAGCGAUUGCGAUCAACGCUUGGCGCUGGGACGAUGGUCUGGGUGGGCUUGGAAGAGCGGAGCAUCCGAAUCUGUUGACUGAUUUGGGCGAUGAUACGGUGCGAUAUAUUAGCUACGAGACGUACUAUGGGGUAGGGGGUGCGCCCGUGUACGUAUUACAUACGCAGCUACAGGAAGCCUUUGAACGUCAGGGGAAGAAUUUGAAGGACUUCAUCGAGGGGGUCUAUUAA